CCAACGAAAGACGUUUCAAACCCCAACCUUACUCUCAAACCCUCCCUCCCUCCGAUUGAAUGUUAACGACAUGUCUUGCUCUUGCGUUUCCGAUCAAAAACCAUUGGACUCUUCCCUCGACCACCUUCCCUUGUCGCAACGCCUCAAAUUCCUGCAUUCCCCAUCUCUCCAAAACCACACUCCCACUCAAUUCCACGCCCUCAUCAAAGAGGAACACCUUCAGGAUUGCCAUUCUCAGGUAACGUGUCCCGCUUUAAAAGCUGAUGCUAGCAGACUAGAGAAAACCGGUGCUAAUGUUGCCAUUUUGGCUCGUUGCCCCACACUUUCUCCCUCUGAUGGUCGUGUCGCUGUAAAGGUCGAAGAUUAUGAGACUCCGUCGUGUUCUGUUGACAAGGGUGGAGAAAAGGCAUAUACUCAAUUAGAUAUUCCUACCCUGAAGGUGAAAGAGGAGAUUCCUGAAGGCAUUGUUGAUGAUCUAGAUCAUGUUGUGUUGAAAGAACGCCUAAGAGUGCUGCUAGAUAGGAAGCUCCCAGGAUUGUCAAAUACAGCUUUUGAGGGUAGUAAUGGAGGCUUGUUCGAAACCAUCAUGGAACAAACUGUUAAAAAAGUAGAUGAAGAGAUUAAUUCCGCUGAUGGGGAAGUAGCAGUGGCAAGAGACCAAUGUUAUGUAGAUGGAAGUAAUAUUUCACUACCGCUUGGGGCCACAUCUGGAUCAUCUUUAUUAACUGAUUAUGCCUCAUCUAAAUUGACAGGAUCAGUUAUUUCAGCUGGCCUUCAAGAAGAUGACCAUAUAUUAAAAUCCAGGGGAACAGUCAUGCAAUUUGAUUCAUAUAUGGAACAUAAUGUUAUAAAUAGUGAUGACUCAAUUAGUUCAACUUCUCCAUCCUUUGUCAAAGUCAAGGAUGAACCUUGGGAUUACAGUGAAAACCACAAUGUUAACAAGGAUGUUAUGCAUAGCAUUGCUAUCGAACUCCCAAAUAUUAAAUGUGAAAGGGAAGCCCAUAAUGAUUAUCAUGUUGAUCACGUGGAACAUAUGAACUUGAUUGAUCGACUAAAUUUUUUCUUGGCUGGAGCAGAUGCUAGUUUAAAUAUUUCUACUAGCUACUCAUCUUUGAAGAAGACCAAGCCUUUUUCCUCUAUAUCCAGCACUACUUUUUCAAAAUCUGCUGAACCUUCAAGCAUCAACCGUAGACGCAAAAGAAAAAAAACUGCCACUGAUUCAGUUCAAGAAGCACUUGAGGAAGAUGCUCCUGGGCUCCUGCAGGUAUUGCUUGAAAAAGGUGUAUUAGUUGAUGAAAUUAAACUUUAUGGAGAGAUGGAAGAUGAUGAAGCUCUGGAUGAAUCAUUUUCUGAAGAUAGUUUUUCAGAGCUUGAGGCUGUGAUCACCAAGAUUUUCUCUCAGCGGCACUCCUUUUUAAAAUUCCCCAUUAAUCGUGCCUCCAGGGCCUCAAGAGCGAGUUAUUGCUUAGCUUGUCUAUUCUCACUCGUGGAGCAGGCACGAUAUUUGAAAUUUCGAAAAUGGCCAGUGGAGUGGGGUUGGUGCCGGGACCUGCAAUCAUUUAUUUUUGUUUUUGAGAGACAUAACAGGAUAGUGCUGGAGCGCCCUGAAUAUGGUUAUGCAACAUAUUUCUUUGAGUUGGUAGACUCCUUACCUGUUGAAUGGCAGAUCAAGCGGUUGGUGAUAGCUAUGAAACUGACUACCUGUAGCAGGAUUUCCAUUAUUGAGAAUAAAGAAUUGUCGGUUGGAGAAGAUCUGACCGAAGGUGAGGCGAAGGUGCUAAUGGAAUAUGGUUGGACACCAAAUACUGGCCUGGGAACAAUGCUUAACUACUGUGACAGAGUUGUGCAUGACAGGAAAAAUGAGGACAGGUCAGAGUGGCGAUCUAAAAUAGCCAAGUUGCUGGUGUAUGGUUAUAAUGGUGGAACCCUAGUGAUACCCAACGUUCCCAAAAAAGUUGCAGAAUACAUGUGUGCUGGAAGCCCUGACAAUGACAUGAGCCCUAGUAGUCCCAUGUCUGACUCUGAUUAGAGGUUAGCUUGUGCAGAAAGUGUUUCGAUAUGUAUACCUUGUAUAUUUAUUAGUGACUAUCUGUCAGUUUAUGACAUAGCUAUUUACUAUA